AUCUAUUUUAAAUUAAUGUCUUAAUCAGUGCUUUGGGAAGUAGUUAAGGGCAACAAUGCUUUUUUGGUCAAGAGAAAUGGAUUGACACUCUCAACCGAUCCAUUCAAUAACACUGGAGUUUAAACAUAUAGCAGCACAGGAUUUAUUACAAAAAAUGCUAUUGGAGUAGUACCAACAUAAGCAAAGGCUAAUUAAAUCAACAAUGUGAAUUUGGUUGCAAGAAAGAGCACAAAAUUCUAAUAAGCUGACAGAAAGACCAAGAAUACUCAAUCAGUUUAUGCUUCAACUUUGAGUGUUAAACACGGAAUUCACACAGCCUCAAGAGUAAUUAGAAAGAGAUUUGGUACAAGAAGACUUGGAUUAUAGAAGGCAGCUCUUAGAAAAUUGGUGAAGUUGAACAGAGCAAAUGCAGUAAGAAGAAGAAACGAAAUCGCUGCCACUAAAGCAUAAAAGAAAUGAUUUGCAUAUUAUCAUACGAUGUACAAUAAAUAUAUAUAAAUAUUAUUAUUUUAUAAAUGGAAAUUA